AUGGGCGCUUUCCCUAUAGAGUUCCAACAUGACCUGGAGAAAGAGUCCUGGGCAUUGUACGCACUGGGCAUAGUGGUUAUUGCUCUCCGCAUCUACGCCAGAGCCAGGAAGCUUGGUAUCCGGCAUCUGGAAUUCGAUGACUAUCUCAUUCUGGUGGCAGCCGUCUUUUACACGAUCCUUAUAUUGACGUUGAAUCUUACGGCACAAGGCGGUGGUACCGCGCUUGCUAUGCCAGGAGAAGAUGUAUCUGCACUCACACCAGAACAAGUCAAGGUCAGGCAAAAGGGAGCCAAGAUUGAUCUUGUAGCUGAACAAGCCAUGUUGAAUGUCAUCUGGCUCCUGAAGGUAUGCACUUUGAAGCUAUACAGCCGUCUGACGAUGGGAUUGAGACAACAAAUAGCAGUCAAGAUUCUUGCCAUCUACGUCGCAAUCGGCUACGUAGCAUGUCAAGUCGCCUACUUCGCGGAAUGUACACCUUUCUCGCAAUAUUGGCAGAUCGCUCCAUCUCCGCCUCUGAACUGCAUGGUUCUCUAUGACUAUGCCAUCGUUCAGGCAACCUUCAACAUUUCGUCCGACCUUUUCAUGCUCAUCAUCCCUUUCCCACUCAUCAUGCAAGUAUCGAUAGGAGUUAAACAAAAGAUCAUCCUUCUGUGCAUCUUCUCAAUGGGCAUCUUCGUCAUCAUUGCAGCCACCCUCACCAAAGCCGAAUUCUUCCGCUCCGUCUACGCAGAGGACUACAUGUUCUGGUACACUCGAGAAGCCUCUGUAGCCUUCUACGUUGCCAACCUGCCUUGCAUAUGGCCACUUCUCCGCGAAGCCCUCCCAGCACUCAAGAGCUGGACUCCGGGUUUCAUCAGCAGCUCAGCCUACAAACGGCGCGGCGCCAGCACUACAGGGCUCACAGCACGCACACGCACACGCAACACUGCAAAAAGCAAUCUAGGGCUCUCGAGACGAUCGAUGGAUGAUUUCCACGCCAUCAUGGAGCCGACGCGACCGAAAGAGGCAAAGACAACGACGAAUGUGCAUACAAGGGAGAUACAGCAUUACAGCCAUCAUAUACGGAGUACAAAUCGGGGGAGUAGUAGCGAGUCGAGUGUGGACGAUCUGCCUUUGCAUGGCAUUAUGCAGUCGACGACGAUCGAGAUGUCGGUCAUGGCUUCUGAGCGUAAAGAAGAGGAUCGUGACGAUGCUUCUCAGUCUUCGACGAGGGCGUUUGCGCGCGAUCAUGAUGUUGAGCUUGGGUUUCCUCAUGCGCGUUGA